AUGGAUACCGCAGUCUUGUUAAGAAAACUACCACCAAAGCUGAAAGAUCCCGGUAGUUUUACUACUCCUUGCAGGAUUGGUGACCAUCUUUUUUAUCGUGCAUUGCUGGAUCUAGGAGUUGGUGUCAAUUUGUUACCAUACAAUGUGUAUGAGAUGCUGGGUUUGGGGGAGCUUCAACCGACUUCAAUCACCUUACAAUUGGUAGACAGAAGCAUCAAAAGACCAAAAGGUAUACCGAAAGAUGUCUUGAUAAAGGUAGAUCAAUUUAUUUUACCUGCUGAGUUCAUUGUGUUAGAUAUGGAAGAAUGCCCUAUGCCAUUGCCUUUGCCUAUUAUCUUAGGAAGACCCUUUAUGAGAAUAGCUGAUAACAAAAAUUUGUGUGAAAAAGGGUGCUGUCAGUAUGGAGGUGUUGUUGAGAAAGUUCUUCAGGUCCAUCAUAUUGACCCAUUGGAGGCCACCCUCACUUAUAGUAUCACACAACAAGACAUUAAGCCAGACUUUGAAGAUGUUACUGAUGGCAUCAUUGAAGCCGUGCACCUUCUUGAGUCCUCUCCACAACAUCCAAGUAAGUAUCCCGCUCCCUUUGAAACUCUUGUGCCUACUAACACUACUUUUUUCCCUUCUAUUGUCAAGGCACCAAAAUUGGAAUUGAAGCAGUUGCUAGAAAAUCUAACAUAUGCUUACUUGGGAGAGAACCAGACCCUACCGGUGACAGUUGCUGCAAACUUAAGUUUGGGGGAAGAGGAGAAGCUAUUGAGAGUUCUUAGAAAGCACAAAACUACAUUAGGAUGGACUAUUGCCGACAUCAAGGAAAUAAGUCCGGCCAAGUGCAUGCAUCAAAUGGGUAAGUCCAGUUCAGGUAGUGCCAAAGAAGAGUGGAAUCAUAGUGGUGAAGAAUGA